UAUCAUUCUUUGUUUCCCCCUAGUUUACAUACCCUUUGCUUCAUACUGUAUUAUCUCUUCAUUCUGUUGAACUUGUUCUGAUCUUAUUCUUCAUAUAAAAGUAGGUUUAUCAUUUAACAGAAACAUAUGGAGAUAAUGUAUAGUCUGUUUUUGCCAUUAUUGCAUAAACUGAUUUUCCAUCCUUGCUUCCUCCCUCUAUUACUCUUUGUAAUCAUCUUCUACAAGUUUCUCUUUCGAACUCGUGCUACUGGACAAAACUUACCGCCCUCACCACCAAAGCUGCCAAUCAUAGGGAACCUUCAUCAGCUAGGUCAAUUACUUCACCGUUCUCUUCAUGCAUUGUCUAAGAAACAUGGCGAUCUUAUGUUCGUUUACAUGGGUUGCAAGCCAACCCUUGUAGUAUCAUCUGCAGAUGCAGCUCGCGAGAUCAUGAGGACUCAUGACACAAUCUUUUCUAAUAGGCCUAAAUCUCGCAGUGCCAGCAGGCUCUUUUAUAACUGUACUGAUGUGGCCUUUUCUCCUUACGGAGAUCAUUGGAGGCAGAUAAGGAGUAUAUGCGUUACGCAGCUCUUAAGUAGCAACAAAGUUCAAUCUUUUAGGAGAAUAAGAGAAGAAGAAGUGGCUUUAAUGGUUGAAAAGAUUAAGACAUCUUGUUCAUCAGUGGUGAAUUUAAGGCAGAUUCUUGUCACAUUCACAAAUGAUGUGAUAUGUAGAGCAUCCUUUGGGAGAAAAUAUAGUGGUAAUCAUGAAGGAGAUAUUCGUUUUGAGAAGCUUUCGGAGAAAGUGAUGAAGUUGCUUGGGGCUUUUAGUGUAGGAGAUUUCAUACCUUGGCUUAGUUGGAUUGAUCGAGUGAACGGUUUGGAAGGUCGGUUGGAGGACGUAGCAACACGGAUGGAUGCAUUUCUUGAAAAGGUGAUACAAGAACACCAAUAUGGCUUAAGCAGUCAGAAAACAAUUCACAAUGAGUCAGAAAAAGGGGAGAAUGUUAUAAAUUUUGUGGACAUUUUGCUUGAAAUUCAAAGGGAGAACAAAGAUGCUCUUUCAGUUGACAAUAUCAAAGCUGUUAUAUUGUAUAUGUUUGCUGCGGGGACAGACACUACUUUCACACUCAUAGAAUGGACGAUUUUCGAGUUGAUUACCAAUCCUAGAGUUUUGAAAGAGUUACAAGAAGAGAUUAGGAAAACUGUUCAAGGCAAAAGUCGCAGUGUAUGUGAAGAUGAUUUGGAGAAACUGACAUAUUUGAGAGCUGUAGUUAAGGAAGCACUUAGACUGCACCCUCCUGCUCCUUUGUUGGUCUUUCGAGAGUCAUUGCAGGACGUCAAGAUAUAUGGUUUUGAUAUUGCUGCAGGAACACAAGUGAUCAUCAAUGCAUGGGCGAUCCAGAGAGACCCAAGUUUUUGGGAAGAACCUGAGGAAUUUCGCCCUGAGAGGUUCUUAAACACUAGUUUAUAUGAUUUCAAAGGACAAAAUUUCCAAUAUAUUCCUUUUGGAGCAGGUAGAAGAGGGUGUCCAGGGAUAUCAUUUGGCAUGGUUGAUGCUGAGCUUGCGAUUGCGACUCUCAUGUAUGAGUUUGACUGGAAAUUUUCUGGUGAAAAGCUAGACAUGACGGAGCUUCAGGGUCUCACAGUUGCUCGGCGAGAUCCUCUUAUGGCCAUCGCAACUCCAUUUGCCUGCAAAUAGACGGUCUUCAGUGUAUUGAAGUUAAUUUGAACUUGGAUUGCAGUGCAAAUUCUCAGGUCUUAUGGAUAAACUAUUGACACAGUUACACUUUCAGAAGCACAUUUCUCUCCGACAACAAAAGUAGUUCCCCAUUACCACCCUAGCUACACCUAAGCUAAAAAUUUCAUACUUAGCCCAACAAUGAAGACUUGUAAUGUAGCUUAGUCCUAUAUUACAACCAUCGUCCAACGUUGCAAUUGUGAGAAGGUUGUAACAGUAGUAGAAAUAAGGUUAUAAAAGAUCAUAGAUGUAAUUGGGAGAUUCAAGUCAUUUGUAGGUGAAAUAGAUCAAACACUUUAAUGAAGUGUAAUCUCUAUAUUCCUUGGUACGGUGGUGUUACCAUACCCAAGGUUUCAUCUCUAUUAUAUGUAGAAAUAAUAAAGGUAUAUGGUUGGAAUAACCAACCGGUGUGGUGUUUUGGCUAAUAACGGAAGUAUGAUUUUUGUGGUUA